UUAUUGAGACAGCUGCCGGCCAGCAAAACGGAACUGACUCGACCCUGCCUCUUCUUUCUCGGCCAAAUAGUGACAGAGGGUUAGUCAAGUGUGGUACACGGCAGACCGCUGGACUACUCUUCAUAGUGACUGUCAGGGACAUAACAACAGAAAUAUGGCUCUACCCAUAGACCCAAUGGAGGAGCCCCGCAUGUACCAGCAAACCCUGCUGCAGGACGGUCUGUACGAUCUUCUGGAGAGCGAUACGAUGGUAGACUGCGUGUUGAAGAUCAAAGACAAGGAAUUUCCCUGCCACAGGCUGGUUUUGGCUGCUUGUAGCUCCUACUUCAGAGCUUUCUUCAAAUCUGGUGUGGAAGACAGCAAGCAAAGGGAAAUCGUUUUGGAGGAUGUGGAGCCUGGAGUUAUGGGGAUGAUCUUGAAGUACCUCUACACCUCGAACAUCAAUGUGACUGAGCAAAACGUGCAGGACAUCUUCGCCUUGGCCAACAUGCUACAGAUCCCUUCCAUUUUCACAGUGUGCGUCUCUUUUUUGCAAAAGCGAUUGAGUUUGAGUAACUGUUUGGCCAUCUUUCGACUAGGCCUCAUGCUGGACUGCCCUCGUCUGGCCAUAUCGGCACGAAACUUCGCUUGCGAGCGCUUUCAGUUGAUCGUUCGAGAUGAAGAAUUUCUGCAGUUGAACCCAAGCGAGUUGGCGGCCAUUAUGGCAUCGGACACUUUAAAUGUUGAGACGGAGCAGGAUGUGUUUGAGGCUUUGAUCAAGUGGGUGGGACACGGCCGAGAGACGCGGAUGGAGGAACUGCCAGGACUGCUGGAUUGUGUGAGAUUACGUCUGGUUCCACAGGACUACUUUGCCAAAACUGUGGAGCAACACGAGUGGUUGCGCUCCAACCCAGAGAUCACCAAGAAACUGCAGCUGGUUAAAGACGCCCAUGCUGGGAAACUUCCGGAAGUCAAGAAGACUAAAAGCAAAACGAGUGAGGACAAGACAGAUGGUGAUGAAGGAAAGAAUGAGGAAGACGACGAAGAAGAGGAAUUACUUCCUGGUAUCCUCAAUGACAAUCUGCGGUUUGGGAUGUUCCUAAGAGAUUUGAUCUUUUUGAUAAGUGACACUACAUCAGUGGCUUAUGACCCGACGGGAAAUGACUGUUUUGUGGCAUCGAUCUCCACCCAAAUCCCUAAAAAUCACUGCAGCUUGGUCACAAAAGAAAACCAGAUCUUUGUGGCAGGUGGAUUGUUUUUUGAUGAGCAAAGCAAAGACCAGCAGAUUUUUUUGUACUUUUUGCAGUACGAUCCAGCGAGCUCAGACUGGAUGGGUAUGCCUCCCAUCCCCUCUCCUCGCUUCCUGUUUGGGAUGGGUGAGGGUGAGAACUCAAUCUUUGUGAUUGGAGGGAGAGAAAUGAAGGAAGGAGAGCAAGUACUAAACACAGUCAUGGUUUAUGACAGACAGUCUCUUAAAUGGGACGAGUCAGCUCCUCUUUCCUACCCAGUUUAUGGUCAUGGAGUAGUGUCACAUGAUGAUAUAAUCUAUGUUAUUGGUGGAAAGGAUGAGAACAAGGAGUGUUUGAAGACCGUGUGUGCGUACGAUGCUAAAAAACGUCAGUGGAAAGAUCUCGCUCCUCUGAAUACUGCACGCUCACUUUUUGGUGUCACCAUCCACAACAACAAGAUCUAUGUGGCAGGAGGAGUCACAGACACAGGCCUCACGGAUAGCACUGAGGUGUAUGACAUCAAAACAAACAAAUGGUCCGAGUUUGUGGAGUUUCCACAGGAGCGUAGUUCACCUAGUCUGGUCACUGUGGGUGGUGUUCUCUAUGCUGUGGGAGGGUUUGCCAUGUUCCCUGUGGAGGACAGUGAUGAACUUUUACCCCGGGAGAUGAAUGACAUAUGGAGGUAUGAUGAAGCAGAGAAGAAAUGGAUCGGCAUACUAAGAGAGAUUCGGUACGCGUCUGGUGCCACAGUUUUGGGAGUUCGACUUAAUACUCUUCGUCUCACUAAAAUCUGAAAAGCUGUCAUCCAAGGACCACAAAGGCCACUGAAAGAAUAUACUCUGUGGACAAAUAAUUUGAAAUGUUUAAAAGCUGAAUUCAGACCGUGUUGAACAGAAGAGUUAUAUUGGACUAAGUGCUGACCAGCUUGUCAUUCUCAUUCCAUGGCAAUGAUAAUAUGAUAUUGAAUCAUUCAAACACACUUUAUAAAUUAUCAUUUGGAACAGAGAGAAAUGUAUUGUUACUAAAAUCUUUUGUUAUAGACAAAACUUUGGGUACAUUGGUUUAUUGUUUUCUAUUUAUUGCCAAGGUUUAAUUUCUGCUGUGUUCUCUACUGUAUGAAAGAAAUCAAAUAGAGUAGUUUUCCCAAAAGUAAAGAGUAAGAUAUUUCACAGA